AUGAUCAAGUCAGAACCUAUCAUCAUCGUGGGCGGAGGCGCGUUUGGCCUUUCCACUGCCCUCCAUCUCACCCAGAAUGGAUACACCAACAUCUCCGUCUUUGAGCGAGAUGACCAGAUUCCUCCACGGUAUUCAGCGGCCAAUGAUCUGAACAAGAUCGUGAGAGCUGAAUAUGAGGAUCCUUUUUACACCGAAUUGACCAUUAAAGCCAUCUCAGCUUGGAAAACUCCCCUCUUCACCCCUCACUUCCACCAAACCGGUUUCCUCCACUGCGUCUCGGGCAAUGCUCCCGAGAAAGCCCACGCCACGCUGGACCGUUUCCACGCCUCCGCGGAGCGACACCCUGUUAUCCGCCCACAUCUUGCCCCACUGGACGAGAAGACCAUCCGCGAGCAGUUUUGGCAGUAUACCGGGCGGUUUCCCGGGUGGCGGGGAUACCUGAAUCGGUUUGAUGGGUAUGCGCAUUCGGGAAAUGCGUUGGCUGCUGUGUACCGUGCGACGCAGGCAGCCGGGGUACGUUUCUUCCUUGGAGAGAACGGAGCAGUGAAGGAGGUGGUGUAUGAAGAGGCAAAGGAAGGACAGGAGAGGAAGAGCAUCGGGAUCAGAACGCAAAAGGGACAAUUCCACCCCGCGGCCAAGGUGAUCAUCGCUGCUGGAGCAGGAGCCGGUCGACUCGUCCCUGAACUGGGAACACAAGUCGUGGCCAAGUCCUGGUCUGUCGCACAUGUUCAUCUCACCGACGACGAGACGUCAGCCCUACGAGGUAUCCCCGUCACUUAUGCCCGCGAUCUGGGAUUUCUCUUCGAGCCCGAUCCCAAGACCAACCUGCUCAAGUUGUGUCCCAUGGGCGCUGGUUUUAUCAACACGGAUGCUGGGACGGGGGUGUCUCAUGCCCCGCCAACUCUGGAGGCGAGUGCAUUUAUGCCGGUUGAGGAUGAGCUGCAGGUGAGGAAGUUACUGGCGCAGACGCUUCCUGCUCUGGCGGAUCGGCCGCUGGUGAAGAAGUCGUUGUGCUGGUUUGCGGAUACGAGUGACUCGGACUUCAUCAUCGACUAUGUGCCUGGGACGUCGUCGUCGGUGGUGAUACUGUCUGGGGAUUCAGGACAUGGGUUCAAGAUGUUCCCCAUCAUGGGCAGCUGGGUGAAUGACCUCCUUGCGGGGGAUGAACAGUCGGUUGUCCGAUGGCGAUGGAAGGACCAGACCGAGAAAAAGGGCAACUGGGGCGGGGAUGUGAGUUGGAGAUUGGGGGAGUCGAGGGAAUUCCAUACCCUCAAGGCCAAGCUGUAG